GUGACCAACGGCCGCGGGAAGCCCUGAGCCACGCGUGAGCAGAGGAGGGAGUUCAUCCACGAUCUGCGCGUACAACACAGCGCUUUUACCCGAAUAAACUACUCGUUACUUACGGAUUUACUCAUUCACGUCUCACCGAGGGACAGCUACGUACCUGACACCGGAUAGGAGCGGACAUUACCGGCUUUGAGCGCGCUCUGAGCCCGCUGAGGGACAUUACUCUACGCGGUGGAUAGCAUCCAAUGUGGGCCGCGGGGGUUUGAUGGGCGUGUGUGAGUUUACAAAUAUUUAACAGAGUUUGGGCGCUUUUAAAAUUAUUUUUCACUUGUUUUACUUUUAUUUUAACUUGGAUAAACGGCGGAUAGGAUCGUGUAGCGCAGUAGAAAAGUCGCUAUUCCUGGUUCCGACCGCUUUUAUUGCGUUUUCUCCGCACUUUGCUGACGCGUGGACUUAAAAGCCUAAACAUGUCGCGCUACAGUCGCCAGUGCAAACCCAUCCGACAGAAACUUCAGUUCACCUCCAGCGACGGCGAGGACGAGCCCAUAGACGACGUGAACAACAGCACCGGGGAAGAGUCCGGCUUCACGGAGAUGGACUCCCCGGUGCCAGAGCGCAGGGAGGCGGGCGGCACUCUGGACCAGUCCGCGGAUGAUGUGGAGCUCUGGGAGGAGGAGGACGAGGACGGACUGAGCUUCGGUUCUCCCUCGCAUCUACAGUCCCCCACCAGUCGCCUGUUCGCCACCUGCUCCCCGUCUCCCAGGAAGCCCUCGUCGCGGCUCUUCGGGGACUCUCCGGACCGGACUUACGCGCAGGACGAGGGGGAACCGUCCAGCUCUCCCAUCCCCGACUGCCCCGACACUCCUCCGCACAAAACCUUCAGAAAACUGCGACUUUUCGACACACCGCACACACCAAAGAGUUUACUGUCCAGAGCUCGGACAUCGGGCACCGGUUCGUCCAAUCGCAGAGUGGCGCUGUUCAAAACCGACCAAUCAGGAAAGGCUUUGACAGACAGCACCCGGCAACAGCAGACGCCACUGGUGAACUUUAACCCCUUCACCCCUGACUCUCUGCUCAUCCAAUCAGCCACUCAGCAGAGGGUGAACCGAAAGAGGGCGCACUGGAACGAUUCUUGUGGUGAAGAUAUGGACCCGAGUGAUGGCGAAGGAGACGAGGAAAUCCUGCCUCCAUCAAAGCGUAUCACUUUGAUGCACGGUAACAUGGCGUCUCGUUAUGCCUCUGAGUUCCUGGAGCUGGAGAAGAUCGGCUGUGGAGAGUUUGGAGCUGUGUUUAAAUGUGUGAAACGACUGGACGGCUGCAUCUAUGCCAUAAAGAGAUCAAAGAAACCGCUCGCCGGAUCUGUGGACGAACAGAACGCCCUUCGUGAGGUGUAUGCCCACGCGGUUCUGGGACAGCACCCCCAUGUGGUGAGGUAUUACUCUGCAUGGGCUGAGGAUGAGCACAUGCUAAUACAGAACGAGUACUGUAACGGCGGUACACUAGCCGACCUGGUGUCUGAGAACUAUAGAAGACUCACAUAUUUAAACGAAGCUGCUCUGAAGGAUCUACUGCUCCAAGUGACCAGAGGACUGCGCUACAUUCACUCCACCGGCCUCGUGCACAUGGACAUCAAGCCAAGUAAUAUUUUUAUUUCUAGUAAAUCUGUCUCGAGUUGUGAAGACCUGGAUGAAGAAGAGGAUGAGUUCUCAACAAACAUUGUUUACAAAAUCGGUGACCUGGGUCAUGUGACACGCGUGAAUAACCCUCAGGUGGAGGAGGGAGACAGCAGAUACCUGGCCAAUGAGGUUCUACAGGAGGACUACAGUAACCUUACGAAGGCAGACAUCUUUGCUCUGGCACUGACUGUGGUGAGUGCUUCCGGAGCCGAGCCACUUCCCACAAACGGAGACAAAUGGCAUGAAAUACGACAAGGAAAACUGCCCUCGAUCCCACAGGUCCUGUCUUCGGAAUUCACCACUCUGCUCAAGUUGAUGAUUCACCCGGAGCCGUCUCGCAGACCCUCCACAUCACAGCUGCUCAGAAACCCCGUCCUCCUCACCGCCGCCAAGAUGGAUGCCGACCAGCUCCGAGUGGAGCUCAAUGCAGAGAAGUUCAAAAACGCACUACUGCAAAAGGAGCUGAAAAAGGCCCAGAUGGCUCGGGCGGCUGCAGAGGAGAAAGUCCUGACCACAGACAGAGUCCUGACCAGGUCCACGCUCCAGACUGGAUCUAGGAACACAAGACUGAUCGGGAAGAAGAUGAACCGCUCUGUCAGCCUCACUAUAUACUGAGACUAAAGAGAGAUCUGGACCAUGACUACACCAGGCCUUACUAUAUACUGAAGGACCUGAAACCAGGACUGGACCAGGACUCGCCAUCUACUGAGAAAAUACCUGAACCAGGCCUAAACCAGGCCUCACAAUCUACUGAGCAAGACAACAGAAAGGACCGGCCCCAGACCGGGCCGGUCAGAGUCCAAACAAAGUGAAUGGCUCAUACCCAGACCGGACCCAUCACUUUGUUUGAACUUUUACUUGCCAUUGUUGGAGGAUGUACAACUCUACAAAAACACCAGAUUUCGUCUGACAGAUUUUUCCCAAUACCAGGAGUUGGACUUGGGAAAUACUUUGGAACCAAACCUGAAAAAAAUUGCAGAUUUAAACGAAAUGGACGUUAUUUAAAAUUCUGCAGCAAAACAGAAAAAAAAACGUAUGCCUCGAAAAGAAGCAGUGAUGAAACUUUGGACAAUGUUUAAAAUCAUUUUGUCUUAGACCCUUUUCACACUUAAGAGUUCAAGAGUUUUGACACAAUUUUGAACCGACUCCUUGUUCUAAAAUAUUAAAUGCUCAUUAUUCCCCUUGAGACAAUCGAGUUCUAAUUUAUAUUGUGAAGCUUCAAAUUUGAUGUUACUCAAAUUGUAAAAUUGACCUAACUUUAUAGUCAAGGUAUUCUGCAAAAUCCACUUUUUGUGUCUUUCUCCAAUGUUAUAACGCUGUUCCCUCAUCAAAAACAUGCCUGAAGAGUUUUUAGAUUAUGUCAUCCAUCCAUGUUUGAAUAAUCUAGAGAUCUCUCCGAGGCCCUCUUCAAACUAACCACAUGGUUAGCAGUACAUGCCUUUAAAGGCUUCGCCCAAUGUCACAAAAUGUUUUAAUUUUGGAGGAAUUUUAUGUGUGAAAUGGGUCAAAAAUUCUGUUAAAUCCUGGUACAAAAAAACAAAGUCCUUGCUUCCUUCUGUGCCUCCUUGUCUUUCCUAGCUCCUAACUCCUGUCUCCUAGAUGAAUGUAAGCUGAACUAGAUCAGAGCACUUUGCACAAGUCGGAAUUUCAAUGAUUCUCAGAAAAAGUUUGGAAAGAAAAUUUAAACACAUGUAAAAAAGCUAACUAUAGAAAGCGCUGCUACUAUGACUGUGUUUGGGUCAGGGGUCAGAGGUCACCACUGCGGAAAGGGCAAAACAAAUGCUGGCCAUUUUGUGACCUCAGUGCGACUUCUUCAGUGGAGAAAACUAGUUCUGCCGAUGAACUCAAUUUUUGUUUCACUUUUGAUUUAU